UUGGAGAGUGAUAUUGGAAUGAUUAUCUAGAAUUUGAAGACUCAAAUAUAUGAAGAUACAUGCUUGUUGGUUAGUAAUAAUAACUUUAAAUCACAGUAAUAAAUAUUGCCUGUUAGUGAGAAACAUCCACUUGAACUGUUCACACUGCACACUAACUUUAGUGUAUAGAUUUCGACCAUGUUCUACAUUAUUAUACACUAUUCUUUAAGGAAGAUGACCAAGUUUUUGAAGAUGUGCCAUAAGUGGUCAUUUAAUUUGAAAGCAUAAUGAAUUUCCUCCUCUGGUUCCAGCUGUAUAACCAUAGCGAUGUAUGGGUUUACCCUUAGAUCAGGUGAUAGUUCAUAAAGUAUCUCCUUAGUCAAAGCAGAAUCUCAGAGAGUGAGGGGAUGGGCUGUUAGGAGCCUCAGCAGAGCACUCCUUCUGCAGCCUCUGUCCAAGCCAGAGCUGUGCUGUCCGUUUGAAAAAGUUUGGGCAAAUAAACUACCCAAAUGGGAAGCGGAAUUAGUUCAGAGAGCAAGGAGUCAGCCAAAAGAUCAAAAGAACUUGAGAAAAAGCUUCAAGAAGAUGCGGAGCGAGAUGCAAGAACUGUAAAGUUGCUGUUAUUAGGAGCAGGAGAAUCUGGAAAAAGUACAAUUGUUAAACAAAUGAAGAUCAUCCAUAAGAACGGUUACAGUGAACAAGAAUGCAUGGAGUUCAAAGCAGUAAUUUACAGUAACAUAUUGCAAUCCAUCCUAGCUAUUGUGAAAGCCAUGACUACCCUUGGGAUUGAUUAUGUGAAUCCCAGAAGUGCAGAAGACCAACGACAACUUUGUGUGAUGGCGAACACUCUGCAAGAUGGUGGCAUGACACCUGAACUGGCUGAGGUGAUAAAAAGACUCUGGAGAGACCCAGGAGUUCAGACCUGCUUUGAAAGGGCAUCUGAAUAUCACCUCAAUGACUCAGCAGCUUACUACCUUAAUGAUGUAGAUAGAAUCACAGCUCCUGGAUAUGUCCCAAAUGAGCAAGACGUUUUACAUUCUCGAGUGAAAACAACUGGAAUCAUUGAAACUCAAUUCUCCUUCAAAGAUUUGCAUUUCAGAAUGUUCGACGUAGGAGGACAGAGAUCUGAGAGAAAGAAAUGGAUUCACUGCUUUGAAGGCGUUACAUGCAUUAUAUUUUGUGCCGCGCUCAGUGCCUAUGACAUGGUCCUAGUGGAAGAUGAGGAAGUGAACAGAAUGCAUGAAAGCCUUCACCUAUUCAACAGUAUCUGUAAUCACAAGUACUUUGCAACCACCUCCAUUGUCCUGUUUCUCAAUAAAAAGGAUCUCUUUCAAGAAAAAGUAACCAAAGUGCAUCUUAGUAUCUGCUUUCCAGAAUACACUGGACCAAAUACAUUUGAAGAUGCAGGAAACUACAUCAAAAACCAGUUUCUAGACCUGAAUUUAAAAAAAGAAGAUAAGGAAAUUUAUUCCCACAUGACCUGUGCUACAGAUACCCAAAAUGUCAAGUUCGUGUUUGAUGCAGUUACAGACAUAAUUAUCAAAGAGAAUCUAAAAGACUGUGGGCUUUUCUAAUCAGCCCUUUUUUCUUCCACUCUUGUUCUUGUACACUUUUCAAGAUAUAAAAGGAAAGGUGCUGUGUGAUGUGUUUAGUUUUAAUAAUAUUAACUUAUCUAGAAAUAUAACUAGUGUUAUAAAACAAAAAGUUUUCAUAUAAAAAUUUUAACAUAUUGUCAGCUCUCUGGAUGUUUCAGUUUCUUUGGCACAGUGAGGAUGGGGGUGUCUUUGAUGUCUGAUGUCCUUAGGUCUGAAAAUAUACAUUUUGGUAAAGCUCUAUCAGUACAUAUCACUGACACUGAAUUUUCUUGGUAGUAAAUUUCUGUAUUGUGGUCUAUUUUUAAUCAUAGAACAAUGAAAAAAUGCAAAGUAUCCCAUAUUAUUUUCAUUGGCUAGAAUUUGAGAGGCAUUUGUUUUCACUGAUAUGUAAUUGUGCCUGUACUAUAAAGACUAUUUAUUAUUGGCCCAUUACUCCUAUUCAGUGAGCUGCUAAUGAAAUGUUCACUCUACAUGUACUUGUUGGUAGGAAAUUUUAUAUGCAAAAGAAAUGCACGUAAUUUUAUCUGUCAUGUUUUCCUUUGAAAAAUAGUGAUCAAUGCUGAAUUUUACCUUAGAAUUGAAGAUUUUAACACAAUAUCAUUUUGUAUCAGCCUAGUUAAAAAUGGGACCGUGUAUGGUCAAAUAUAUAGCAUAAGGCUGUUCAGGCUGAACAACAGUCCUUAAUGGAGUACUUAUUCUCACAUUUUGCUCCAGAGUGACAUGGAGCAUUAUUACA